UCAUUCGUCUCUCUCUGCGUUGCAGAUGUCACUUGAGACAAAGUGGAGGAGAACCCUGAUCUCCAUCCUGGAGGAGCUAACUGACUCAGAUUUGAGAAAGAUGCUGUUCAAUCUGGACAAAAUCCCUCAAGGAGUGAAGACUAGCAAGGCCAGAGAAGAAAUCCCUUUUUUAAUUGAAAAGCAUUACGGGACCGAAAAGUCCAUCUCUGAAAUAGAUAAAAUAAUGAAGAUAAUACCAAGAAAUGACGCUAAAGUCCAGAACCUGCUGCGCCCCUUUGUGGAGGAACUGAAGGAACAACGGCAGGAAGAAAAAGAGAAGAUGAGCAAACUUGCAGCUGACUCAGGAUCAGUUGCCAAUAAGUGGGAAACAGCGCUGAGCUCCAUCCUGGAGGAGCUGACUGACCAACAAUUCAAUAAGAUGCUGUCCUAUCUAGACAAAAUCCCUCAAGGAGUGAAGACUGGCAAGGCCAGAGAAGAAAUCCCUAAUUUAAUCAUCCAGCACUACGGGCCAGAAGGGUCCAUCUCUGAAAUAGAUGAAAUAAUGAAGGAGAUACCAAGGAAUGACCCUAAAGUCCAGAACCUGCUGCGCCCCUUUGUGGAGAAAGUGAAGGAACAGCGCCAGGAAGAAAAAGGUUUGAAGAUUUGAUAUGAUUAAAUUGAUAUAGAUUAUUAUUUCUCCUCUUUAACAUCAAUUCCCAGUGAAUGAAAUUUUGGAUUUGAGGGAAAACUCUUCACAAAGUGAUCAAAACAAAUACAUAAUGUGUGAUUGCCUCUCCACACAAGCGGCAACUCAAUGUUAUUUUUCCUC